CGCUGUCGCUCAAGGCUAUUUCUCCAAAUUCGUCCUUCAACCCUCAGUCAGUCAGUCACUCACUCACUCUCUGGCCUACAUACAAGAAGAAGAUAGGAAAGAAAGAAAGACAGAAAGAGAAUCUUAAUACUAGGAAACGCAUACAUAACAAAAAGGAGCAAAAGAAGACGAAAACGAGGCCAAAGAGGUAAACACAGAAGAAAACAGUACCACUCCCCUACUAGAAAAAUUGGUUUUUGAGGGGCCCGUACGGAAUCCCCGGUUUCGCUCCCAGAUCAACGGACGUAUCCUUGGUUAUGUAUUGUGGCUGUUGAUUCCCGCCCAACGUCAUGCCCGCCCACCAUCGCAUUCAGAAGCUCAUCCAAACGGCGCAAGCCGUAUUCGCCAAAUCCUCCUCUUCAACUUCCUCCUCCUCUUCCUCCUCUUCCUCGUCGUCAUCCACUCAGGCCCGUCGACCUCGUUUAGUCAAUGCUGAUGGUCAGCCCGGGCUCAAAAACCUCAUUGAAUUGGUGGACGGGAUGACGGCCCAAGACUUGGGUCUAGACCGCUCACCCAGCCUUCAAAGUCCGGUCUCGAUGUCGGCCAUACGGGCGGGCUCCAUGGGUGCCAGUGGGGCGCCCAUCACAUACAUUGAUAUCUUUGAAGAUCCCACGGUGAGCAUUGGGAUCUUCAUUAUCCACACCGGCCAGUGCAUCCCGCUACAUAAUCAUCCCGAGAUGACGGGCAUUCUCAAAUGUCUCCACGGUCAGAUCGAUCUGAUCUCGUAUACCAAUUUGUCCGGCGAGGAUCUCAAUCGGGUCAAGGUGCCCUCCGAUCUCGAUCCGGAAUGUCGACUCUGGCUUCGACAGGGUUUGGUGUUUCCCACACGACGGGAAAUUGCCCGCGGGAUCUCUCCCCAAUCCCCGCCGUGUUGCCUCAGCCCUGUCGAAGGCAAUUAUCACGAGUUACAUUCAGUGGGCGGACCCGCCGCCUUUUUGGACAUCUUGUCACCGCCCUAUUCUCAGUCCAAUGGGUCGCCGCAUUCGGAAGAGGAAGACGAGGAGAGUCGCAGAGAUUGCGAUUUCUUCGAUGUGCUCAUGCGGGGCCCGUUGGCCGCGCAGGACCCGUCAAUUAGCUGGUUGCAGUUUAUGGAUCCCCCGCCCGACUACUUUUGUUAUAGAGAAGACUAUCUAGGUCCCCCCGUGAACUUCUAACGUGUUAACACGCAAUGUACGCCUUAUCGUUCAUUGAAUCCCAUGCUCUUGGCACCGCACACCGCAUUGAAACAUAAUCCAGCGGUAUCAAAUAUAUUAUGUAAUCAACCCUAA